AUGGUCAGGUCGGCAGGAAUCGAGUAUGAAAUUCAAAAGCCCGGAAGCCAGAAGAUCUGGAAUUCACCUUCACAGUGGAUAAGGGCGGUUGUUUGUUGUCGUAAAUUUAAGAUGACCAUGAAAAAACAGAGAGAUUUCAAUGAUGAACUUCGCAAAACAAUUGUUUCCAACAAGCUCUUCCCAGUACUUUUCUUCACCUACGUAUACGAUCCCCGAAAGCAGCUUGGAUUGAGUGAAAAGAUUAAGCAUCAAGCAUUAGUCAACCCACUAUAUAUGACUGUGCCUUUGUGGUCUGAAGAGAAAGAACGUCUUCAGAGGAUUCUGCGCGUUUGGGAGGAAAAUAAAAACGAGUGGCUCGAAACAGCCACCCCACUUCGCCUUGCAAGUGAGCCCAAAUAUGUCGACUGCAUGGCCGGUAUCGUCACCAUUAUGGAAAUGUGCAAGUGGUUGCUGGGCGCUUGUUGGGAUGGCGAUCGGAGCAAGCCACCGAUUCCUUUCCAUCUGUAUAAGUUGAGAAUGAGUGAGCUGAAGGAGAAGAACCACUCAAUAAUGAAACGACUGCAAGAGUUCACGUCCUAUGAGCAGUCACUCUCCAAUCCGGAUGAUGACAUAGAAAUAUUGGAAGUUUCCAGUUCUGUUCCAAAAAGACGCAGAGUAGAGGAGGAUCGUGAAAAAUCUCCACAGUGGAACUCAACUUUUAUGGAGAAAAUCACACAUUAUCUAACAACACUCAGCAAAGCCGCGAGCGCUGGUGAAAAUGUUUCUGAAGCUCUUGCUACAAUUGCAAACUUGCAGCACAUGAAAAAUGACAAGAAUCAGGAAGAGACAUCUGCGGAUCUAAGAAAGCUGGAAGAAAUGGUUAGUGCUUUGGAGAGGAAAACUCACGACCGUAACAAGGAAAUGAUCGGAGCCGAAAGAGAAGAGCACACACCGUCGCCCACCGUAGAGCCAAUCACCUCUAAAAAGACCACUCAGUCUCAAAACAACACUCCUACGACGGUACGGGCUAAGAACAGCUCAACUAGCAGCUCUCUGUCGAAGACAGGAGAAAAGAGUGAAAAGAAAACUAGCGGCUCUGCUGAAAAGAAGGUUGACGUUAGCUCCACAGAUGACGAUCCCAACGACGAUCUGAUUUCGCGUGUCAAGCGAAGCCAACGGAAUCGUAGACCUGCUCGAUCAUUUACACCCGGCUGGUCCCCGCCGGGGUCUCCAGUUGCCAGUAAACCGACCUCUGCAACUAAAUCUAUCAGAGUAACCCAGUCUGUCAGCAGGCCUGUACUUCCUUCGAGAUCUCAACCAGCCGCUCCAGUAUCGCCAGACAGUGGGCGUCCAAGUAGUAAUGAGUCCAGUGAUAAUGUUACGGUACCGGUGACAGAAGUGCGGUCGCAGCCCAACGCUCAGCGGCCGCAAGAAAACGGUCAACGCCUGCAGCAGAGUGCAUCUGCAUCCGAGGUAUAUUCAAGAAAAGUUCGGAUUUUGGUUAAAUCUUAUAUCGGCUGUCGCUUCCAGAAACCCUCUCCUGUGCCCGCUCCAAACAGAAACAUUGGAGAACAAAUGCUGUCGUACAGUGUUCGAUCCCCUCCUGUAAAUGUGUGGCCAACUACUCCUAACGUUCCUUCGCAUCCAGCUAACCAUAAUUGUGUCAGAUCUCCUCAGAUACCUCCUUUCAAUCUUACUGAACAGAAUAUCUCGGCAAUGUGGAAGGAGAAAAUUCAACUGUGCGACGUUCGUAUCACACUUCUGCAUAUGUUUAAUGCAGACGGAUCGCCUCAUUAUUAUUUUCUCCCCCUUCUAUUAGAAACGAUUGAAAAGGCAAUCAUUGCCCUGGACAACAAGGACAUGAUAGCAUUUUUGAUGCACAAAGCUGCGAUUGAGGUCGGCUGUAAUGAACUUGGGAACGUUAUGCGCUCCUGCAACCCUCUUGGUGAGUGCUUUUUCAUACAGAGCCAUUUUAGCACUCGAGGGAGACAAUUCGGCUUCGGCUACCCCGUCUCCGAUUCCCUCUACUAG